AAGGGAUUUAUCUGCAUUCGCGUAAUCAGAUAUUGGAGUUAAUAUGUUAUUGUUACGGUUUUCUUGCGAUUUUGUGAACUUGCUCACAAACAUCUUGCCAAAGCAAUUAAACGAUUCGUCUGAUCCCCAAUGUCGAGUAAUAGUUCCAUGGGAUGUAAUAUUAACGCGCAAAAAAAUUUUGAAAAUGAAUACGUGCAGGCUGUGAACACAUUAGCUUCUAUUUCGCAAAGAAGAUUUCUGAACGUGUGGAUGUCCUUCGAUCCAAUCUUUAAGUUAACAUCGUGGGGGAAAAGACAUGAUCACGCGCUUAGCGUUACUCAUGGAUUUGUCAAUAAAAUAAUCGCGGAAAGAAAAGCCGAGUGGAAAGAUAGAAAAGAUACAAAUUUUAAUGAAAAAUCUCAUAAACGUCAAGCUUUAUUGGACUUGUUAUUAGAAUUAUCAAAAGAUGGUAAAGUUCUCACCGAUGAUGAUAUUCGCGAUGAAGUGAACACGUUCAUGUUCGCUGGACAUGAUACCACUGCGACUAGUGUAUCGUGGAUUUUGUAUGCAUUGGGAAGGCAUCCUCAAUAUCAAGAAUUAAUCAUUGAAGAAUAUUACGAAACAGUAGGGACGAAAGAAUUAACUUUAGAUAUAUUAAGUAAAUUAACGUGGCUAGAAGCGUGCAUAAAAGAAUCAUGGAGACUUUAUCCAGUAACGCCACUCAUCGCAAGACAAAUCUAUCAUCCUAUUACUAUCUUGGGGCAUGAAAUUCCAAUAGGAUCGACGGUUCUCGUCAAUUCAUUCCUUCUUCACCGAGAUUCUCGAUACUUUCCAGAGCCAGAUACUUAUCGACCAGAACGAUUUCUUCCUGAUGGACCAAAAUAUCCUUCUUACGCUUUUGUUCCCUUUAGUGCUGGUUCCCGUAAUUGUAUAGGGUGGAAAUACGCUACAAUGAUUGUUAAAGUUCUUAUUUUGUAUAUAUUGAAAAACUUUCAUGUUGAAUCUUUAGAUACUGAAGAUCAACUUCGUUUUAUUUCUGAAUUAGUAUUACACAAUGCUGAUGGGCUUAGAUUAAAAAUUACAGCACGAAAGUAAGCAUUUUUUGCCUGAUUUUAUUGUAAUAAUUUAAAAUCGAAUAAAAUAAUGAAAAUCAAAGAUAUCUUUUUCGAUAAUAAGUAAAAACUGAUUUUUUUUUGCACAUUCAAAUCGAAUUAUUUUUUUUUUUUUUUUUUUGAAUUAAUCGUAACAAUUUUUUAUAUCUAUUCAAACUGAAAUAAAUAUGAGAGAAAAUUAAAUUAAUGAAAUUUGUAAUGAUUAAUAAGAAACUUAUAUUUCAUUUUUGUGUCUUCAUAUAUACAUGAUUAAAUUUAAUUACUGUAUGUUGUAGAACAAUUUGUGUUUUAUUAUGAAGGUUUAAGAAUAUAAUUUUUAUACUUUUUCUAUAUAAUUACUUUAUGUCUUUCAAAUGUUUUUUGAAGCUAUUAAAAUUGUUAUAUUUUCAAUUCACAUCUUACUAUCUCAUUUUUGUUAUCAAAUUGAUUUUUGUUAUUAAUAACUAGAUUUUCUAAGACAAUUAUAACAAUUUUAAAAUUUCAAAAUUGAUGAAAAUAUUAUUAAUUAUAUUUUUAACUUUCCAAUAUUCUAAACUUUCUUAUCUUAAACUUUCCAUAAUCAUAAAAAAAUAUAGAAAAUAUUAUUGUACAAUAACUAAAAAAUAAUUCUUUAUUACAUGAGAAAGUGAUAUUAAAUUUCUCGUAUAUAUUUCUAUUAGAUUAUUGUAAAACUUCAUUAUUAAGUACUUUACAUAUAAAAUGUGAAGGAACAAAAGUAUAAUUGUAAUAUUGUGAUAUUUUAUAAUAUCUUUAGUUUUUAAGAUGUAUAAAUAUGAUAAGAUGUUAUACAAAUAAUAUUUUUAAGCUUUUAUCUAUUUGUAUUUAACAAAUAAAGCAUUACAUUUUAUUACAAAAAA